GUCAAGAGUUCACGCGCAUUUACCUGAACAACAGAGAGAACAGAGCAGUGUGUGUGGUGUGGAAGAUUAUAUAUUGACAGUAUGAAUCAACAGUGAUAUAAGCACGAUUUUAUAAACAUUAAUAAUCAUUUUAAGUUGAGACGAUGAAGAGAUUAGGCGUUCUAGUAACUGUAACAUUGAUAUGUGUAGUUUUUGUAAAUGGACAAAAUUCUACAAAUCAACAACCAGUGACUAGUGGAACAUCUACACUGGGAGACGAGUCUCCUUUGGAAAAAGGAGCAAAACCUUUAUAUGAUUUAGUGCAUGGAUUUUUAGACAGUGUUCAGAAAGAUAAUUUCAUAGUAAACAAUAGUGAUUCAAAAAUUAAUUAUAAUGAAAUCCAGACUUUUAUAACAAAUGGUACCCUCUCAAAGUUAGCUGACCGAUGGCAGGAUAUGGUGUCAGUAUUUGGUGGCUAUGCAGCCUGUGUUGUGUUUGGGUUGCUGUUUGCCAUCUUUAUGCCCGUCAUCGGUCUCUUCUUUUGUUGCUGCUAUUGUUGCUGCAAAAGAUGCGGGAAGGCACGAGAAAAAUCAGAUCCAAAAUCAGCUGGUUGCAAACGUGCAACAUUUUGUCUCUUUUUAGCAAUUUUUGCAACAAUGAUGCUGACUGGUGCUAUUGUGGCCAUUAUUUCAAAUGAAGUCCUUCAUACCAAGUUACAGAACUCAGACCAGCGAGGUCCUGUACAAUAUAUGAAAUCAGGAUUAUCUGAAUUAGCAGAUUAUGCAGCACAGACCACAAAGGACUUGAACAGUAAAACAACAACUCAAGUUACAAGCACUGUGAACCGGAUUGUGUCAUCAAUUAAAGAGUCAGCAAACACUACAGUUGAGGAAGUUUUAAAGUUGAUCAACGCAGACUCCCUGUUAAACCAAACAGAAGGCCUAGGAAAAGAUGCAACCAAUGUAUUUAAUGCCUUAGUUGAUGUAAACAGAACAUUAGCAGACCUUAGGGAGUAUAAAACGAAUGUUCUUGAUCAAAAAGUCAAGGAUAUCAAUGAUAACAUUACUAGAACAUGUUCAAAUAAUAGUGUUACUUCUUCUAAUUGUCCAACGCUGGAGGGAGUGAACCAGAAUUUUACUGCGUUGACAGAUCUGGACAAAGAAUUAAAAAAAGUGAAUGAGUCUCUAAACAUAACAUCCUUAACCAGUCAGGCAAGAAACGAGUUCAACAAUGUUGUCCAAGGAGUCAAAAGUUCAAUCAAUGACUCAAUAGCAGAGGCUUCGAAUAAAGCAGAGAGUAUAAAAACUACAUUAGAAAAAGAGAUUUCCAAAUUAACUGGAACAACUGAAAAUUUUGCUGAUGACUUACGGAACACAACUUUCAAAGAAAUUGACAAAGUAGAUGGAUAUCUAAAGGAUUAUGCUGAUUAUGUAUGGUAUGGAGGUAUUGGUCUGCCCUGUGUCAUCGUUUUGACGUCAGUGCUGUACUACCUGGGAAUCAUGUUUGGUUUGUGUGGACAGAGACCUGGACAUGGUGCUCCCUGCUGUAACAGAGGAACCGGCUCUAACUUCUUAGUCAGUGGAGUGGUGUGGACGUACCUUCUCUACUGGCUGGUGAUGUAUAUAGUUCUGAUCCUCUUCCUGAUCGGGGGACCAUUAUAUACAAAUGUCUGCCGCAACUUAAAUCAGGGAGUAGAGCAUGUACAGGACUUUGAACCAAUACUAAAAGAUGUUGGGAUUGAUGUGAAAAAGAUGUUAAAUUACAGCUCCUCUUCAAAUUUCUCUAUUGGAAACGCUUUGAAGAAUUGCAAAAAUGAUAUGGGCCUUUACUCAGCAAUUGAACUACAGGAUAAAUUUGAUCUUGACAGUGUUUUAGAUGUGAAAAAUGUAAUGGAUGAAAUUGACAAGUUUAUGAUUGGUGGAACCAAUAUACCAAAUGUUACUAUCUUAACACCAGAACUUAGAAAAGCCUUAGAAGAUUUUGCCAACUCCUCCAUAUCUCCAAGUGUUAUCACAAGUUAUGAAACAGAGUUAAACAAAACACCCAUUCCAGAUUUGAAUAAGACAAUAGACGAUUUGAGAAGUUAUAGACUUAAUGACCAAGCAGACAUGAUUCAAAGCUUUCAAGAUGUAGAAUUGAAAAACUUUACAGUCAAAAUGGACAAUUUGAAAACAGCACUGAGUGUUUUAAAGGGCCAUACAAAUUUACAGGGAGCAGUAAAUAACCUGACAACAUCUCUUGGUGCAUCUGAGCUCAAAUAUAAUGAAGAGAAGGAUCAGCUUGUGACAAAUGGACUAAAUAAGACAGUGAAUAAUGUAAAAAACUAUACACUUGGUACAAUUGAAAAUGUUAAAAAUGAGGUGAGGUACAAUAUAGGAAAAUGUAAACCUGUAUAUGAAGCUGUCCAAAAGUUGUCCGACUCCAUCUGUCUGGUUUUGUUAGAUCCUUAUAAUACCUUCUGGUUUGGAUUAGGUUGGGGAAUAUUUUUCUGCAUUCCAAGCAUAAUAUUUGCCUUGCUGCUGGCAAACAUGUAUCAGAGAGAAGAGAAGUUUGAUAAAGAUCUUCACAAAGCCAAGAAGGAGAGCAGACAGAAGCAGGAGAGGCAGGACUUUGACAGCCCAAUGAUGGAGCAGUACCAUGAUGAUAACAUUCCAUUAACCAGUCCUCCAAAUGGUGGAUAUGGUCGAUCAAACAAUGGGGCGGUCAACCAAGGCUACUACAAUGAUCGGCGUGACGAUUAUCACCGUGGAAAUCAGUACCGUGAUGAUUAUCGCCAUGACGAUUAUCGGGGCAGUCGAGGGGACCCCUACUAUAGGCAGGGUGAGCGAGACUACCCCCCUCCCUCCUAUCAUGACUCCCGUCAUUACCCCAGCCCAGGGCCUCAUGACGCUUACCCAGUGCUGCCCACAAAGCAACGAUACUAAUUAUCUGCACUAGCAGGAGACUGGUGACAAAAACUGAAUGUUAAUUAUCCAAAGACUUUCUAGAGAAUUUUCCGUAGAUAGAAAAUUAUCUGAACAUGGAGAGUUAUCUUGAGAUUGAAUGCAGAGCUGUGAUAUGAUCUCAUACCAAAAGAAAAAGCCCAGAAUUAUAAUCCCAAAAAUUGUUUAAUUUGUUACCAGGAGAAAAAAACACAGGUUGUUGUUUGUUGGAAUAUGAAAACCAGUGUCAGUUUGAUUGUAGUCAAAGAUGACAUUUUGUUAUUUGAUGUUGAACCAUUUGUUUUUCAUGCUAACUUUGUAUUUAGGAAUUGGGAGGUGAAAGCUUUUGAAGUUUGAAUGAAUGGCAUGGAAGAACACUUUUGAUUGUCAAUUUUAAUUUUUAUAUGUCAAAGAUGAACCUUGUGCUAUCACUUUUUUGUUUAUAGGAUAUUUCUACAUAAGAAUUGAUUUUUUUGAUCACAGAGUUCUUAUUUUGUUUUUAUAUUGGCAAUUUGUAGAAAUUUAUGAUUUUUCAGUUUUGCUCACAAAGUUCUUAAACUGUCUUUCCCAUAAAGGUUUUUUUGUUUGUUUUGAAAACAAAGAUCAUUCCACAAGAUGUCAUGGCUCAAAAAUUAUUUCUCUACAUUAUUUAUUACCCCUUCAUUCCAAACUACUAUCUAACGGGUCUAACGUUCUGUUCUGUUCUCUUUUGUAUGUUUUUUUUUUAACCUAUAUGUUAGUGUGUUCAGUUAAAAUCUAUGUACAUAUACAUGUAUAUGUUCGAUAUGUGAGUAAAAUUGAGAAAAACUUCUUUUUUUUUAAACAAAAAUGGUGCUAUAAUUUUCCAACAUUUUCUGUUUCCCAAUUCAGAUUUGAUAUAUGACCCUAAAAUGGCUUAUAUUUCAGUGAUUGUUAGCCCUAGUUUAUUUUUGUGUGCUGCUAACUUAUUUUAAGCAUACUUAUAUUUUGAAAACACUUUUAUUAAAAAAACAACAACAUAAUAUACAUGUUAUAUGGUGUAUUGUAUUAUAUUUUUCUCUGAUAGAUAAGUUUUGUCGGAUCCAUAUUUAAAUAAAAAGGAGAAAUGUCCGUUUGUAAAAGCAACAAAUUUAUGUUGCUUAAAUUUUUUAUAUAUUCAUGUGUCUUUGGUACAAAAGAUUUUGGAGUAUUGUGAUUUAUCUUGAAAAAAAUCAUUUUCAUUAAGAAAAAUCUACAUGUACUUGCAUAUCAGAUAUACUAUGCAAAUAUUAAAAGGUUGCUAUAGGGACAGUACGUUGUAUAUGGGGUGUGUCAAUGAUCAAAAUAGUUGCAGAAAUAUGUGAACUUGAACAAUAUGCAAGCUUAGCUGCUAUGUAAGAACAACUAGGGUUAAUUAGUGCAUUCACUAGACCUAGAUAUCUAACAUAGGAGCUAGCCUAGCUGCUAUGGUGUUAAAACCAUCCCAUAAAUAUGAAUUUGUUACAGAGAAUGGUAGGUCAAUAAUAUUUACUUUUGCAAUGAAUUAAAUUUGUUGUUGGUUGAGUUAAAAUAGAAAGUACUGUCAUUUGUGAUUUUUUUCUUCAUUUUUGAUCAUUGUUUAAUCAAUAUUAUUUUUCAAAGGGAUGUUGUGUAUCGACUAUAGGUAUAUAUUACAAUUGCCUGAAUUAAAAAAAAAUUGUGUGCUACAAGAAUUUAAAAACUAGGUAUACAAUAUCAAUGAUAAUUGUUUUAAAAAAGAAUUUUUAAUAUUU